AACCGAGAACGAGGGGCAGCUACCAGUUCGGACGGUGCGAGCACGACACCCCGUCUCUUGCGCACCGUACUACCGAGAGCGAGAUUCUCCGGCAUUGGCGGCACGAUCCCGGCCGACGACGGUUGUCGGUGCUGCUGUGAGCGCCUGUGAGAAGCCAGUCGACCUCGGAAGGCGCGCGGUUUUUGGGUCAGAGGAUGGCAGGGCCAGAUUCUCCCGCGGGUGCUCCCGUGGCGGAGGCGCCGGCCAAGAGCGCGCUGGGCCAUCUUCACGACUGGGGAUCCUCCUCCAUGCCGCCCUCGCUGCUCGCCACGCUCAUCACCGCAUUGCACGCGCGGCCGCUGCAGCCGCUGCCGCUCUUUCUCUUCACGCCCCCGCUACUCUUCUCCUCGUACCUCAACCUCGCGGGCUACCCGACGGGCAGCGCGGGACUCACCGCCGCGUGGUCCGGCCUGUACGCGCUGCUGGCGCUGCGGAGGCGGCAGCCGUUCCGCGCCAAGUUCUCGGCUCGCGGCCUCGUGCGCGGCGCGGCCAUCGGCAUGGGCGCGACCAACUGCGUCGCCGGUGGGUGGGUGUACUUUAUGGGUGACUUUGAGAAGGACGAGGCGGAGCGCAGGAGCCGAAAGAGGUGGGAGAAAAAGGACGAGUAAGACCGAUUAGACAGCGGCGUCUCGGCCGUGGCAUCUCGGGGUGCCGGUUUCUUGAAGACGACGGAGGCCUGUAUCAAUAGUGUACCAUGGCGUAAUGAACCUCUGAAACUCUAUGAAGCUAAUGUGG